AAACUUGCACUCAACGGCACGACCUCUACUCGAUGGCAGCUGAAAUUUCAAACUCAGUGCAGCCUUCAGGGACCCAGCAAACGUCUGUGUCGGUGGCAGGAGUCAAACGAUCGGCUUCAGCAUUCGCAACUGACAUCGAUGCAAAUUAUGUUGGCGUGCCUUCGAACGACAACAAUUCCUGGUAUUUCCCAUGUCACGGCUACGACUCGGACGAAGACGAUCGAAUCAGCAGUGCCCAGGGCAACUGGGGAUUGAAGCACACAAAGAACGCGCGGUGGAUGAGACGAGGGAAAAUAGUGGCAUGGGGUCCGAGCAUGGAUGAUUGGGAGUCAGAAGAGCGAGCCCGGAAACGCGUCAGACAUAUGCUAUCUGGUACCCAGCGCUCACGGUCACCUUCGCCGCCGACGUUGCCACACCUCCGUUCUCCCUCUCCGCCUCUUUGUGCACCAUAUCCAGCUCCGGAGAAACAACACCUCAGCUACGCGUCUUUCGUCAUGGAUAAAGGCGUGAUCCAUUCAUUCCGGUCGACGCUUCUCGAAGAUUUGGAGCAGGCUACGAAUAAUUUGAUUCAAGGAGAGGGAAAUAUGCGGAGAGCAUUGGGGAGGUUAUGGCAAGCCAUGAGCGAGGAUCCGGACAAGCGGGAGGAUGAGGCGUCAUUGGUGCUCAAGCCGGAGCCACAGGAUGAACCGGAAGACGAAGACCAGGACCCUCUGCAGCGGAGACUCACCAGAGCGCCUGAUCUUACUCCGGCGCCACACAAGAUAUUCCUGAUGUCCUAUACGAAUGGGGGGGCGCCACCCGUUUCGGACCCUUCUCAUUUCGCACCGCCGGACAUGCAGCUGGAUAACUUGGAGAAGUCUCUUGCGUCACUACGUGAACUCUUGGAUGACGGCAGGGAGUAUAUCGAGCGACUGGAAGAGAUCAGGGAAGGGUUAGGGGAAGUAAAGAAUCAGAGGAACGCGGUAUGGGACAUGGUCCGAGAGCGCGCGAUCAAGGAGCUUCAGGACACCGCUGCAAGUAUGGCUGCCUUGCAGGCUCGAUGAUAAAAGCUUGUACAUUUGCAUAUCCACGGUAUCGUAGCAGUCGAUGCAUAUAAUGUUUGUUAGCCGAUGAAACGAGAAAUCGGAGCUGCAACAAAGCAUCCGGGUAGCGCCAGCUGGUUACGUAUACUUCCGUCCGG